AGGUCGAAAGAACCCAUCCAUCCAUCCAUCCCUCCCUUCCUUCCUCCUCCUCCUCCUCGGGUGGUGAUCAUGCGACCGAUCGUACUCGUCAGUGCGAAGGCGACUCGCGCGGAUGACGGCGGUGGCGGCGGCAAGAAGAGUAGCAGCAGCAGCAACAACAGUAGCGGCGGUGACGACGACGCGGGUGCUUCAGACUCUGCGGACGAGUCUGUCUUGCCGCAAGAGGAUCCCCGGUGCCACGAGGGAUCCUCGUCGGUGUCGUGUGGGGACUCGUUGUUGUGUGCAGGGCUGCGCGAACAGGGUGAGCGCGCCAUGUUGUUGCUGCGCAGGAUCCGCGCCUGGUUCCUGCGGCUCCUGGUGGCGCAGCGGCAAAGACGGGCGCAGAAGCGAUGGGACCGGAGACAGGAAAAGUGGCGGCAAGAUGUCGCGCAAAUCGCGGAAGACGAUGAGCGGGAGUAUAAGCUCAUGGAGGAACGACAGAGGGCGUGCGAGGACCUAGAAGAAGAGGGUGUCGGCUUCAUAUCCUCUUAUUACUCAACCGGGGUACCUUUGACCUGCGGUGAUGAAAUUAUGGACGAAGAUGCCCUCAUCGCAGUGUACUUACUCAACGAAGAAUUUCUGCGAGAACUGAGGGACGAAUUCAACACUUUCCUCACAUCUGAAGAAGACGAUGACGACGAAGACGAUAAAGCCAGUGACGAAGAUGAUCACGAAACGGAAGAUGAAGACUCGGAGAAGCAGAUUAACAAAGAUGUGGAGUACAUCCGGCGGAAACUUUCAAGGAUGAAAGAAGGUUCCAAGCGGAAACUUAUCGAGUUCAUUCAAUUGUUUGAAGCCAAGAGGGGCAAGGUUGAAGACAAGUCAUCACUCAUUUCUCUGGACGAACUGAGACAUGAAGAAGAUGCACGUCAAGACCAGCUGGAGCAAGAGCUGUGAUAUAUGCUAAAUACAUCUUUUUAAAAGAAAGGGAAAAAAAUUUCUGGAUUCACAAGUGUAUGCGAAAGAAAUGUGCGAAUGUCUGUGAUUCGAAACUUUCAAUUGGUCGAGCUUAAAUUUAACUUUUAAACUUCAGACGAAAAGGCAUAAUGAACCCCGCGGAAAUUUUCGGGCAUAUACGUAUAAGCAUAUACGGACCAAGUGUGUGAAGUUGUAAAAAUGAUUUCCAAUUCUGAUUGAAUGAGAGACGUGUAUAAAGACGAGAAAAAGAGCGUAUUUACUCAAAUGUGAGAC